AUGGAUUAUCAAACUCGUUUAGAUGCAUUAGUUGGUGUUAGUAGGAAACUUUUACAACAAGGGCUUCCAUUUCGUGUGCAUGAUGAAUCUGGAAAUUCAACCAAUCAAGGGAAUUUUCUUGCAUUUUUACGAUGGCUAUGUCAUUUCAAUGAUGAUAUAAAAGCUGUCAUGCUAAAAAAUCCUCCUAAAAAUAUGAAGUUAACAUCACCUAAUAUCCAAAAGGACAUUUCAAGUGCUAUUUCAACUGAAAUCGUCAAUGCAAUCAUCAGGGAUAUUGGUGAUUCAUUAUUUGCCAUUCUUAUUGAUAAAUCAUGUGGCAUGUCUUCAAAUGAGCAAAUGGCCAUUUUACUAUGUUAUGUGGAUAAAGGUCAUGUAAUUAAGCGCUUUGUAUGCAUUGUGCAUGUUACAAAUACUAAAUCUUCCUCACUCAAGUUAGUCAUUAAUGAUUUCUUUUCGAGACAUGGAUUAAGCAUCUCUAGAUUGCAAGGGCAAGCUUAUGAUGAGGCAAGUAAUAUGAGAGGUGAGUUUAGUGGUCUUAAAACACGCAUUCUAAAUGAGAAUGACUCUGCUUUUUAUGUUCAUUGUUUUGCUCAUCAGCUUCAGCUAGCUCUAGUAGCUAUGGCAAAGAAACAUUCAGAAAUUGCAUAUUUAUUUACUAUGGUUUCUAAUGUGGUGAAUGUUGUAGGUGCAUCUGCUAAUCGUCGUGACAUGUUAAGAGAAAAGCAUGAUGAUGCAGUUUUUAAAGCACUCAAUAAUAAUGAGCUCUUAAGUGGGCAAGACCUGAAUCAAGAAACUAAUCUCAAGUAG